GCUUCUCUUUUCUCUUCGUUUGGAGGCACUCCCCUUUCCUUUUCUCUGUCGCUUUUCCCCCGUCUUGUGAGGUGCAGUGGAAAGAAAACUGCAUUUGGAGAGUCCCGACUCUAGUCGAGCUAGUUACCUCGGAGAAGUCAUUUGAUAUGGCCCCGCCUGUUUCUUGUCAAAUGAGAACGUUGGACUAGAUCACUUGUAAGGUUUUACUGUGCGAUAAGCUUCUAGUCGAGGACCUGCGUUGAUCCUCUUGCUCCCUCAGUAGUGUGAACAGUGGAACUCAGACCACAGAGCAGGAGCCGAGAAGGAACCGCUCCCUGCAGGUCAGGCCCCAGCUGCUAGGAGGGCAGUGGAAGCUCUCCAGUUUUUGCAGAUCCCCACCGCCUCUGCACGGGCUUCCCAGCUUUUCCCUUGCACAGUGGUGCACCCAAACGCACCUUCGCAGACCCGCUUCAGCCCACUCCACUACGCUGUCUGCACUCUUAGUUCGAGCAAGUGACCACAGCCUCGGGACCCUGGACAGCUCUUGAAGUUUUAGGUGCGGGCCCAGAAUCUUGUACCUACUUCUUUAGUCCAUUGUUGUACUUUUCCCUGCGCGCCAUGCAGUCCCUCAACAUCACCUCGGAGCAGUUAGCUCGGCUCCUGCGGGAGCACAACAUGAGUCGGGAGCAAUUCAUCUCCCUAUACGGGCUGCGACCCCUAGUCUACAGUCCCGAGCUGCCUGGCGCUGCCAAACUAGCCUUCGUACUCAUCUCUGUGCUCAUCUUUGUCUUGGCACUUUUCGGCAACGGCCUGGUACUCUAUGUGGUAACCCGAAGCAAGGCUAUGCGGAAGGUCACCAACAUCUUCAUCGGUUCACUGGCACUCAGCGACCUGUUCAUUACCUUUUUCUGCAUCCCGGUCACCAUGCUUCAGAAUAUCUCCAGCGACUGGCUAGGUGGUGCCUUUGUUUGCAAGAUGGUACCAUUUGUGCAAUCUACAGCUAUUGUUUCUGAGAUUCUAACUAUGACUUGCAUUGCUGUGGAGAGGCAUCAGGGAAUUGUGCACCCUUUGAAAAUGAAACGGCAGUAUACCAAUAAAAGGGCCUUCACAAUGCUGGGUAUUGUUUGGCUGGUCGCUGUGAUCGUUGGAUCUCCUAUGUGGCAUGUGCAGCAACUGGAGAUUAAAUAUGAUUUCUUAUAUGAAAAAGAACACAUUUGUUGCUUGGAAGAAUGGAGUAGUCCUGCCCACCAGAAAAUAUACACCACAUUUAUCCUUAUCAUCCUCUUCCUACUGCCUCUUGUGGUGAUGCUUGUCCUUUACAGUAAAAUUGGCUAUGAGCUUUGGAUUAAGAGAAGAGUGGGAGAUUCUUCAGUUCUCAAAGCUAUUCAUGGAAAUGAAAUGUCAAAGAUAACAAGGAAGAAAAAGCGAGCUGUCAUAAUGAUGGUGAUGGUUGUUUCCCUCUUCACUAUAUGCUGGGCUCCUUUCCAUGUAACUCACAUGAUGAUGGAAUAUAGUAAUUUUGAAAAAGAAUAUGAUGAUGUCACCAUCAAGAUGAUUUUUGCUAUCGUGCAAAUCAUUGGCUUCUCCAAUUCUAUCUGCAAUCCUAUCAUUUAUGCUUUCAUGAAUGAAAACUUCAAAAAGAAUUACCUAUCUGCGAUCUGCUUUUGCAUUGUCAAAAGGUCCCUCUCUCCAGGUAGAAGGCGGGACAGGCUGAAUCAUCGAAAAGGUGCAGUGGAGGAAAUGAGGAAAGAAGCCUUCAGUGAUGGCAAUAUCGAAGUUAAAUUGUGCUAGCAACCAGAAGUAGUACAAAAGCCUAAAGGGAUCUCACCGUGUUUAACACUGAUUUUUAAGAACAUUCUCUAUUAGGAGAACUCUGUAUAUGGAAGUGGAAAUUAAUUGUCCCUUGCAUUUGGCACUUUUAUGUAUUAUACAGAAUCAUUUUGGGUGAUUUCCAUUUGGAGGAAGAAAGGUCAAAGGCUUUUUAUCAGCUUUGAAUGGUAGACUAUUUAAUGGAUCUGUGGUUAUUUUGGACAUUUAUUACAGUGAGAAUUGACUUGGAGUAUAUCUGAAAGUGCUAAUGUUUCCAGAAGUUGCUAAGGGAGCUAAGUGUAUGUUUCCAUGUGACAGAAGUCAAAUAGACAUUACUGAUUUUGUUGGAUUUCUAAAACAUGAAGCCAUUUUUAAAAAAGAUGGUUGCUAAAUUUCUGGGAAAAUAUUGUAGCGUUAUGGGUGUAGAAAUAUAUAGAGAUCUUCUGGUAUUAGGAGUAGCUAUUCAUUACAAGGAUAACUGGGUGGCAUAGUGAAUUGAAUGCUGGACUUGAAGUGAGGAGAAUUCAACUUCAAGAAUUCAAUUCUGACCACAGACACUUAUUAGCUAUAUGACACUGGAUAAGUCACUUAACCCUGU